GGGAGAUGAGGAGGAGGGCGGACAGCACCUGCAGUACUAGGUAUUCUACAGAACGGCCCCCGGGGUAGCGCUGUAGACGCCAGCAGGAAGCCAGUCGAUCCUAGGAACACACCACACCACCAUCACAUCGAGUAUCAACGAAUGGCUUUCAUCACGCGCAUUCACCAAUCGCAGCUGUCGAUCCAUACAUAGAUGGGUUCGAGCGUCAUUACACCACGGUCGGCCGGCUACGCAGGACAAACCUUUGGGCACCUGGGCAAGGAAGGACGCGGCUUUGUCCGUCUACCGGAAGCGACAACGGAGGAGGAGAAGUACCUAGGGAGGAGGAGGAUGGGGACGUACGAAGGCACGGCGGGCAGACAUAUGCACACGCAUACGCACACGCACACGCACGUUGCUGCAGCUGAAAGAGAGCGAGAGAGCGAGAGAACGCGAAAGAGAGAGAGAGAGCGCGCGCGCUGACCGGACAGUGCCCACCCACAGCAGGUGUGUGAAUGGGGGG